GCUGCAAAAUCUUGGAGCCUGAGGAAGUGCUAAGGAAAUUAAAGAGUGAAGGUCUCUCCAAACCAGAGCACCACGUAAAGAUAUGUACCAAGAUCCAGACGCAGCCGACCACUGGGAGGUUUUAUCUGGAGACAGACAUUGACAGAGUGAGGCGGCUGGAUGAGCUUGUCGCUAAUGGCACCCUGGGGAGAGAAAAGAGCCCAAACAGUUUAGAGAAAGGAAAGGAGAGGGGAAACCGGAUUCCAUGGGAGAGAAACGGAGGAUUGGGAUCAGAGAAAGACAGGAAGGAAAGAGAGAAGAGAAAAGAUUACUCCUGGGAGCGGGAUCGAGGAGGAGAGAAAGGCAGACAAAGUGAUAAAGAGAGAGAAAAACCUUCCUGGGAGCAAAACCAAAAGGCGGAAAAAGGCAGAGAAAAGGACAAGAAAGCGGGAUUUCCAAGUUAUGAGCAGCGAUCGUGUCGGCCAUGUCCGGUUUUCAGCUGGCCAGAAGGAUUUCCUAGAGUCUCCUACAGGUCUGCGUCACUGCCCAGGCCUGUGAAUAUCUCUGAAUCUGAUGGAGAGAUGCGGCACGACAAGAGCUCUUUCCACGACCACAAGGACGACCUCCGCAAGCGUCUGUCGUACACCACACACAAACUAGAGAUGGUGGAGACAGAGUUUGACUCCACCCGGCAGUACCUGGAGACGGAGCUGCGGCGCGCCCAGGAGGAGCUGGAGAAAUUCACAGAGAAGCUGCGCAGGAUCCAAAGUAGUUACUCGUCUCUUCAGAGGAUCAACCAGGAUUUAGAGGACAAGAUGUGCAGGACGUCUCAGCACCAUGAGGAGGAAAAGCGAGCGCUCAGCCGGGAAAUCAUUGUUCUCAACAAUCACCUCAUGGAGGCAAAGAUCACCAUCAACAAACUCAGAGAGGACAACGACCUGUACAGGAAAGACUGCAACCUGGCCGCCCAGCUGCUGCAAUGCUCCAAGUCUCACUACAGAGCUCACAAGUCAUCUGAGCUGCCGCUAGACUUCCAGGAACGCAUCAGCUCUUACAUGGAGAAACAUAGCCGGAGUAGAGGAGCCACCAUAGCAAUGUGUCACCCUAACUACCCUGAAGAAGUGCCCACAGCCAUAAUUGCCAAGGUCCUGGAAAAGCCUGAACCUGGAAGAGAUUCCCCUGUAACAUGCCCCACAAGCGCCCACGUUCAGGAUGGAGACUUUCUAAUUGGAACAGGAAGCAGCGAUCACCUGAACCGCCGCCUUUCGUACAAGACAUCGGACCUGUACUGCAGCGACACGGCCCUGUAUUGUCCUGAGCGAUGGCAAGACACAGAACGCAGGCAAAGCGUUGACCUCCAUGGCACCGCCCUGCUUCAGCUGCACGCCCAGACCUCCUUAGAGAGUAACCCAGACGAUGAUCCUUUCCAGUCCGACAGCUUCUCCCACCAUGACCCGCCAACGUCUUUCCACCACCAUGAUGAGUUUGGCACUGGCAGCUUCCCGGCCUCGAGUUCAUACUCCAGCUUCAGCCUCGCAUCGGAUGAGAAGGGAGCAGUUAGCGGUGGCUGUGGGCGCACUGCCAGCAGCACCUUAUCCUCGUCCCACCAGGGCCUGUACAUAGACUGGCGAGAUGGUGGCAGUGGGGACUAUGAACGCAAGAGCUUGUCUUCGUAUGACAAAGAAGUUCCCGGGUUCUCCAAGUCGCACAGCAUUCAGCAUAUGGUGACCACUAGGAGUCCCCAGAAGGGUACGUCACCAUCGUACACAAGGACAGCUUCGUGCUUCAGUGAACCAUACCACUCGAGCUCCCCUCGCCUCGCCUCAUCCCACAGCAUGGGGUCUACAACUGGACUGGGCCAGGCUCAAGGUGGAGCUUUGGAGAGCCAAAAUGACGUACCUGAGGACGACUUGAGUGUCCGCUGGAAACAGCUCAGCGUGGAAGACAUCCACACUUUCUCGUCUUAUCGCAACAUUGCAGGGCGGAUCUCGCCUUACAGCUUCUCUGAGCGACAGUUUGCAAUUGGCCCUUCCAGUAAACUCAAAGAGUCUCUCUACAGCAGCUUCCAAGAAGGAGACAAUGUCUUCCACAGCCACGUGCUUGACCAGUGUUUUUCUAUGGGUUCACCCAGCCACAAUCCGAAACCCAAGGAGCAUCGCAAGUCAGAGAAAACAUCUCUGCUGUACCGAGCCAAGAAUGACAGUCAAGACUCCGAGGGAAGUCUGUUCCUCUCAGGAAGCUCUAAAGACAAGAAAAGCAGUGGGGCUGCAACAACUGCGAACAGUGCAAAGAAGGACUACGUGAACCUGAGCGUGGACAGCUCGGCUGAGUCCUUACACCACAGCUCCCUGGAAGCCUCGAGUCUUCAGCACUACCCAGCGCCAAGGCCAACGAUCCGUCCUCGCCCAAGUUCCAGUUCCGCUCUCAGUGUAGGCCCCGCGCUCCCAAAGAAAACUUCUCCAAGGUACCAAAAGUUUGGGAGCACAGGAUUGACAAGGAAAGACAGCUUGACCAAGGCACAGCUCUAUGGUACGCUCUUGAACUGAGUGUGGAAGAGAAGCUUCAGUUUAUGCAUGCCAAUGACGAAGAGUCCAUACUGUACUGCACUGUAUGUCUCCCCUAAAGCAAACACAUUCAUGUGAUAAGGUGUUAAGCUGUUGUCCCUUUUUGUAUCUUAGCCAAGGCACGCUUCAUGCAGUCUGUAACAUGUUUUCUAUUGUGCAUCUUGAUACACUGUAGCAACCAGAUAUACCAGCUGUAAAGAAAGUUUUAUUCGUAAUUUCUUUUCCAGGAAUGGCCACCAGUAUGCUGCUAGAUCAGUGAGAAGCUAAACACCAACUCCCGUUUAGAG